AUGAUAAAUGGGGAGUUCACAAAACCUUUUGAAGCUGCCAAAGGACUCAGACGGGGUGAUCUCAUAUCACCAUUUUUGUUUGCAAUUGCAAUGGAAUACCUAAGCAGGCUACUCCAAGGGCUGAAGCAUACCAAGGAAUACAGGUUCCAUCCAAGGUGUGGUAAGCUAGAUAUAACUCAUCUCAGCUUUGCAUAUGACCUACUCAUGUUUGCUAGGGGUGAUAGUAAAUCAGUUUCCACUCUUCAUGCUUGCUUUAUGCAUUUUUCUGCUACAUCUAGACUGUUAGCCAAUCCCAAUAAGAGUGCAAUCUACUUUGGGGGAGUUGCUCAGGAUAUUAGGCAGGAAAUUCUACAGAAUACUGGAUAUUCACUUGGGGAAUUGCCUUUCAAAUAUCUGGACAUCCCACUGGAUACAAAGAAGUUAACAACUUUGCAAUGGCAACCAUUGAUUGACAAAAUAGUUGCAAGGAUCUCCUCUUGGACAGCUCGGAAAUUAUCUUAUGCUGGAAGGGUACAUUUAGUUCAAACAUUUAUAUUUGGUAUCCAAUCUUAUUGGUCCCAAAUAUUUAUCUUGCCAGCUAAAGUGAUGAAGUUAAUAGAGUCAUACUGCAGAAGCUAUAUAUGGUCUGGCUCUAAUACAAUUACAAAGAGAGCACUGAUAGCAUGGGAGAAAAUGUAUUUGCCUAAAUCUGCUGGAGGUUAUAAUCUGUUGAACAUCAGAGUUUGGAAUAGAGCUGUUAUCACUAAUGUAUAA